AUGUUGCUCUCUCAAGCUACAAGGUACGCCUUCCUUCAGUUUCCUCUCUUUCUUCCAUCAUCUUCUUCUCGCUUCCUUAUCCAUUUACCUCAUACCUUUUGUCUCGACUUCCUCCUACAUUCCCAUUCUUCAAAUUCUAACGACAUCACAGAUGUGGUUGAUUCAUUCAAUCGGACGCUUUGUAAGCGUCCCCCUCCCUCCAUCUUUGCAAUUGACAAAAUGUUGGGGGCCAUUGCCAAAAUGAAGCAUUAUCCCACCGUUAUUUCUCUUUGUUCUCAGGUGCAGUUGAAGGGUUUCACUCCGUCUUUAGCUUUUCUAGCUAUUUUGAUCAACUGUUACGGCCACGUGGGUCAGAUGAAUUGUGCUUUCUCCGUAUUGGGGAAGAUUUUUAAGAUGGGUUUUCAACCGAAUACUAUAACUUUAACUACACUAUUGAAGGGACUCUGUAUCAACAACAUGAUUGGGGAAGCAUUGGAUUUCCAUGAUGAGGUAAUUGCAAAAGGAUAUUUUUUGGAUGAAAUUAGUUACGGCAUAAUAAUCAAUGGAUUAUGUAAGGUGGGGAAAACCAGAUGUGCUGUCAAAUUACUCCAGAAGCUGCGUGGACUUGGAAUGAAGGCUGACGUAGUUAUGUACAGCACAGUCAUGGAUGGUCUUUGUAAAGAGGGAUUUGUGAGAGAGGCACUUGAUUUGUUCUCAGAAAUGAUUGACAAUGGAAUAUUUCCCGAUACUAUCACAUACACCACUCUCGUGGAUGGAUUCUGCAAAAUCCAGCAAUGGGAAGAAGUUACUGAAUUGCUCAAUGAUAUGUUUCGAAGAGGUAUCAACAUGGAUGUGACCACCCUUACUACAUUCGUGGAUGCAUUUUGUAAAGAAGGAAGGAUCAUAGAAAGUCAAGUUAUGUUUGCCAAAAUCAUGAAGUAUGGUCAUAAGCCUGAUGUCAUUUCCUACAACAGCUUAAUGAGUGGAUAUUGUAAGGUCAACUAUGUAAAGGAAGCAAUUGAAGUAUUUAAUAAAAUGACUAAAAAUGGUUUGAGACCAGAUGUGUUGAGUUAUAACAUUUUGAUUGAUGGGUGUUGUAAGAAUAAAAGAUUGGAUGAGGCCAUGUAUCUCUUUAAGAAAAUGCGUUCAAGAAAUUUGGUUCCCAGCACAGCAAGUUAUAAUUGUCUGAUUGACGGCUUGUGCAAAGCAGGAAGAAUCUCAUUUGCUCGUGAUCUUCUUGAUGAGAUGCAUCACAGAGUAGUGGAAGAUUAAAUAAGGCAAGAGAGAUUUUUCAAUAUCUUUUGAUGGAAGGUCGGCAUCUAAAUGCUGUGUCCUAUACUAUUAUGAUCAAAGGACUUUGUAAAGAGGGUUUGUUUGACGAGGCAAAGGCCCUCCUUGACAAUAAAAUGGAAGACACCGACUACGUCCUAGACACGACAACUUUUACAGUUAUUAUUGGACAUCUUCUUGAUAAAAAUGAGGAUGAUGAGGCAGAGAAGCUUCUUCGUAAGAUGAUUUCUAAGGGUCGUUAAAAUGAAACAGGGUGAGACCCUCUAUUGUUUGUUUGUUAUUGAAGUUGUGUAUCUUACUAUUGUUGAUGUUCUGUUUAAGCCAUGU